CUCUGUCCGGCCAGCGGCAGAGGGGAUGUCCUACUAACUUCCACCAACAAAAAAAAACCAAAAACUUUCUAGAAACUUUCAGUCCAACAGAAAAAAUACACUGACUGACUGACAAAGUGUCGCAACUCGCCUCACUCCUGCGUUAAUGAAACUUUUAGAAGUGUUUUUAUUCUUAUGAACUAAAACAGAGGCUGCACAUCCACUUUGAUAACUGUUGAAUGAGCCGCAAUUGCGUAGAGAGUUUUCUUCCGAUUUUUGGUCCUUAUUUUAAUUUGACGGUGCGAUAAAGUUAUUUCUUUAUCACUAAAAGACUCGUGAUGGCUGUCCUGUCACUAGCGUUACUACUCCUAGGAUUUGCGUUGACUUCAGCUGACAAGGCUGGUGAAGUAGAUAGAGAGGACCAGCUGAGAAGCCGUCUGAGGGAAUAUGGCCUGGUCACUCCCUUCAGCACCGACUCACAUGGACACUACCUGUCACACCUGCUCUCUGCCACGCACAAGCAGCGCGUCAAGAGGGAGGUGUUUUCUUCUGGUGAAGCUGAACAGACACUUUUCUUCAACAUCUCCGCCUUCGGGAAGGAGUUCCACCUCCGUCUGCGCCCUAAUAACAGACUGGUGGCGCCUGGUGCGAUGGUGGAGUGGCACGAUGAGAUCCAAAACUUCGGGAACGUCAGCGCCGGUGACGAUGCCAGUACGGGCGCCAACCAGACCGAAGCCACCAGCAGGGCAGAGAGGAUACUGCACCGUGAGCUGCUAAAGACAGACUGCACCUUCAUCGGCGACAUCUCAGACGUUCCCGGGGCCUCGGUUGCCAUUAACAACUGUGACGGACUGGCUGGGAUGAUCCGCACCGAGUCAGACGAGUACUUCAUCGAGCCGCUGGAGAGGGGGACUCAGGAGCUGGAGGACCAGGGCCGGGUCCACGUGGUUUACCGCAGGUCGGCUCUGGUGCAGGCUCCCUCUGACAUCUCUGUGGACUACCAGCUACAAGAACCCGAGCUGGAUGUACCCGGGACCCUGGACUCUGUAGCCCGGCAGGUCAAUGAGACUGUCCUCCGCCGUCGUCGGAGAGAUGCCGGGGAGGACGACUACAACAUUGAAAUCCUGCUGGGAGUUGAUGACUCAGUGGUUCGGUUUCACGGCAAAGAGCACGUGCAGAAUUAUCUCCUCACUCUGAUGAAUAUCGUGAAUGAGAUUUACCACGACGAGUCCCUGGGAGUCCACAUCAACGUGGUCCUGGUGAGGAUGAUCAUGCUGGGGUAUGCCAAGUCCAUCAGCCUCAUUGAAAGAGGCAACCCAUCAAGGAGCCUAGAGAAUGUGUGCCGCUGGGCAUUUGUGCAGCAGAAAGGCGACCCUGAUCAUGCCGAGCACCACGACCACGCAAUUUUCCUCACUCGCCAAGGCUUUGGCCCCACGGGGAUGCAGGGUUAUGCUCCAGUCACAGGAAUGUGCCACCCAGUCCGGAGCUGCACCCUCAACCAUGAAGACGGCUUCUCCUCAGCCUUUGUUGUGGCUCACGAGACCGGACAUGUCUUGGGUAUGGAGCACGAUGGCCAAGGCAACCGCUGCGGGGACGAAACGGCGAUGGGAAGCGUAAUGGCUCCUCUGGUGCAGGCGGCCUUCCAUCGAUACCACUGGUCCAUGUGCAGCGGACAGGAGCUGAAGAGAUACAUCCACACGUACGACUGUCUCUUGGACGACCCCUUCAAACACGAUUGGCCACAACUUCCUGAACUUCCUGGCAUCAACUACUCGAUGGAUGAGCAGUGUCGAUUUGACUUUGGAGUGGGCUAUAAGAUCUGCACCUCAUUUCGUACAUUUGACCCAUGUAAACAGCUGUGGUGCAGUCACCCGGACAACCCUUACUUCUGCAAAACCAAAAAAGGGCCGCCUCUCGAUGGGACGGAAUGUGCUCCUGGAAAAUGGUGCUACAAAGGUCACUGCAUGUGGAAAAACCCUAAUCAGGUCAAGCAAGAUGGCGCCUGGGGCUCCUGGAGCAAAUAUGGCUCCUGCUCGCGCUCCUGUGGAACUGGAGUUCGCUAUCGGACACGUCAGUGCAACAACCCGGCGCCCUCUAACGGUGGCCAGGACUGCCCUGGAGUGAACUACGAGUAUCAGCUGUGCAACACUGACGACUGCCCGAAGCACUUCGAAGAUUUCCGAGCCCAGCAGUGCCAGCUCCGCAACUCCCACUUUGAAUUCCAAAAUGCCAAACACCAUUGGCUGCCCUACGAGCAUCCCGACGCCAACAAGAGAUGCCACUUGUACUGCCAGUCAAAGGAGACAGGAGACGUGGCGUACAUGAAGCAGCUGGUGCAUGAUGGGACACGGUGCUCCUACAAAGAUGCCUACAGUGUCUGCGUGCGUGGAGAAUGUGUGAAAGUUGGCUGCGACAGAGAGAUUGGCUCCAACAAAGUUGAGGACAAAUGUGGCGUUUGUGGUGGGGACAACUCCCACUGCCGCACCGUUAAAGGAACUUUCACCCGAACGCCAAAGAAACCUGGGAAACAGUUAAGCAAGAGAGCCCAAAAAGAAACUCCUUUGUUGGAAUACACAAUAUGGAAGACCAGAGGAGCCUUCUCUUUGCCCAAAGGAGCCCGAAAUGUGUUUUUAAAUGAAACAGAAGACUCUAGAAAUGUACUUGGUUACCUUAAGAUGUUUCUCAUUCCUCCUGGAGCUAGACAUGUCAUCAUCCAAGAACAUGAGGCCUCCCCUCAAAUUCUUGCAAUCAAGAACCAGGCAACAGGGCAUUACAUCCUCAACGGGAAAGGAGAGGAGGUCCAGUCUAGAAGCUUUAUCGACUUGGGCGCGGAGUGGCACUACAUCAUCGAGGACGACGUGGAGACGCUGCACACUGACGGACCUCUGCAUGACCCCGUGGUGGUUCUGAUUAUACCCAAAGACAAUGAAACACGGUCUACUUUGAUGUACAAGUACAUCAUCCAUGAAGAUUCAGUGCCUGUCAACAACAACAAUGUGAUCCAGGAGGACACGUAUGAGUGGGCUCUGAAGAGCUGGUCUCCAUGUUCUAAGCCUUGUGCCGGAGGGUUUCAGUACACCAAGUAUGGAUGUCGAAAGAAAGGAGACACCAAGAUGGUCCAUCGAGGCUACUGCGACGCCAGCAAGAAGCCAAAGCCCAUCCGCAGAAUGUGUAACCUUCAGGACUGCACACAGCCUCAAUGGAUCUCAGAGGAAUGGGAGCAUUGUACCAAAACCUGCGGCAGCCUGGGCUUUCAGAUCCGAACCGUUCGCUGCGUGCAGUUGCUCCACGAGGGCACAAACCGCUCCGUUCACAGCAAGUACUGCAGUGGGGAAAAGCCAGAGAGCCGGAGGCCCUGUAACAGAGUCCCAUGUCCUGCCCAGUGGAGGACCGGAGCGUGGUCAGAGUGCUCUGUGACCUGUGGAGAGGGGAUGGAGAGGCGUCUGGUCACUUGCCGAAUCGGAGAUCAGUGUAACGGAGAUAAACCUGAGACCGUGAGGACGUGCAGAUCGGGACCCUGCCACGAUGAGCCAUGUAAUGGAGACAAAUCCAUCUUCUGCCAAAUGGAGGUCCUAGCGCGAUACUGCUCUAUUCCAGGCUACAACAAACUGUGCUGCGACUCCUGCAGCAAGCGCAGUGGAGCUUCAUCUCUGUUCUCGGAGGCGACUGAGACGGAGGAGCAUGUCCGCUUUGGAUCCGCCUCUCAGCUAUUAGAGACAUUAACAGCCUCAGCAGUGGCCAACGGCACUCGCAGUGGUAAACACGGCUCAGGCAAAGGAUCCGCUACAUUAGGCAAUGCUGCCAAACAUGUCACCACCCCUCCCCCACUUAAGAAAACCCUGUCGAAGAUCACCGCUGCACCACGGCGGGUCCGACGACACAUGGGGCUCACUGACAGGAAGCUGCCCGCUAUCAGCACAUCUCCUCCAGGAAGUCCCACAGAUGGUCAAAGGUCGAGCAGCUUGAAAGAUAGUCGGUGGCUCACUGCGUAUUCUAAAGUGGAGAGAUGAAAGUGAUGCCCUUCCCCUUCAGGACUUUUAAUGUACAGCAGAUAUUGCAGCUUCAUCCUGAGUCUUCUCACGCCAUAAAACACCACCGAGAGACAAACAGAGAGGGAGAGAGAAAGAAAGAAAAGUGCUGGUUCACUUUUUUGUUAAGAAUUUUCCAUCCCUUACAGGGAGCUCCCAGGGUAUAUUAUUACUUAAACAGCCAUGUUGCUUUGCUUUCAUACAUUUCUUUGAGAGGAGAAAACAAUACAAUAAUUUUAAUGUAAAGAGGGCCCAUGGUCCGAAGGGAAUUUUCGUCCGUGUCAAAUGAAAAGCUUAACGCAACACAGCGCUGGUAGUUCAUUGUAAAUCAUUUUACAAAAUAGCCAAAGGACAGAUUAAUAUUCAAAAGAAGUAUUUAAUAUAUACAAUACUGGCUCCUAACUUUUAACAGUAGAUAUUACAAAGAAAUGGUUGCUUAAUGCCAACCCAACCUUUUAACCCAAUGACUUUUGAAGCUUCCUUUGAUGUCAGCUACCGUGACAGGUUCAGGAAGGUGUCUGUAUUUCUCCUCUGAUUGGUCUUUUCUCUGGUCUUGUCAUUUAAUGAAUGGGGCCCCUUGUCUCUGCAUAGUGUUGCAACGGGUCCUCUGGUGAAUCCUCAGCAGUGACAAGGGAGAAAAUGUCAACAGUUGCGAUCAUAAGAGCUGAUUCAAUUUGUGAAAAAAGAACUCAGAACAUACACUUGUGGCCGUGUAAAAAACCACAACACGGCUUAAUUAACAUUGCAUAACAGCAUGAUGCAACUAAUGAAACACUUCCAUGUGAAAUCUGUAGACUGGAUGAGAGAUUUACAGUAAUGUUUCUAUAAAUGUGAAGUGGAAGAUGAUAGAGAAAAAGUUGGGACGAUUUAAAACGGAUCAUCUGAUGCAGCUGAAAAUUCCCUUUUUACUUGAAUGUUACAAACUGCCAUUUUCUUGCCAAAAAAUGUAAGUGUGAAGCUUGACUAGUAGAUAAUUCCCAGUACUUGAGGAGUCACUGCAUGUACUAAAUCAAACACCGGACUUCAUUUGACCACAUAUGGAAAGUGGCCAAACCAGUAAAAACCAUUAGAAAAAUGGUUUUAGUUGUAUAGAUUUUUUUUUUUUUUUUUUUUAAAUAUCCAGUAAUGUCUGUUAAAUGGCGUUCUACAGUUUCUAUGGAAAUGGGUAUUUAUAAAGGUUCCUGUAAAUACUGUACAUGAAAAUAUCAGUAUUAUUUUAAGAAGCCGAAGAUGCCAUUUUAAUCAACUACAAUAACAUAUAUAUCAUUCGGAAUGUUUACAGUUUCAGCACAAUGUGUUACAUGGACAUAAACAACUCUUUGACUCUUAAUGCUGUUGCAAUGUUCUCUGGGGAAUAUUUUAAAAGAAUAGUUCAACAUUUUCAGAAAUAUCCUUGUUUGCUUGCUUGUUGAAAGUAAAAUAUGAAGAUUGAUAGCACUUUUAUAUCUCUGCUUUAAAUAUAAAGCUUUCAGCCAGCAGACGUUAGCUUAGCAUAAAUACUGGAAGCAGGGGAAACAGCUAGUCUGGCUUCGUCCAAAGUUUAAAAAAAAUGCCUACCUACACCUCUGAAGCUCACUUAUUAUGGAAUAUCUUGUUUGUUUAAUUCGUACAAACCUGACAUCUAAAAAACAACACUAAAAAGUUUUGUUAACUUUUGACAGAGCCAGGCUAGCUGUCCCUCUAUUUCUAGUUAUUGUGCUAAGCUAAGCUAACCGUCUCAUGGCUGUCAGUUCAUGUUUAUUAUGCAGACAUAAGAAUGGUGUCAAUGCCCUCUACUAACUUUUGGCAAGAAAGCAAAUAAGCGCAUUUCCCCAAAUGUCAAAAUAUUCCUUUAAGAAGUAUCUUAUACACAUUACUUCAUCCCAGCCUUUACCUAUUUUCUAAAUCAGAACUUUAAACAGUGCUAGCCCUCGACCUUUCCAACUAUAUAUAUUAUAUUGCCCUCCUUGUGAAAGUGUUUGCCCAAAAAAGUUGAAGCUGUUAGGUCAAAGAAGGGAACUAAGUAAGGAAUGUAUUUAACAAGUGUUCUCAAUACUGUAUGUUAUAUACAGCAGGCGCUAGUUCAGCUUGAACAGACUAAAAAAAAGAAGUGAAAAUUCCACCAUGCAACUAAAAUGAAACUUCUACUUUGAUGUGACCAUGAAAAACGCAAACACUCAUCUUGAAAUUGAUUUUUAGUGUUGGAUUUGCUGGUUAUUUUCUAUAGCAACAUAAAUUGUCGAAUUUAAAACUUAAAGCUGCAUUAAGCGUUUUUUUUUUUUACCACUAGGGGGCAGAAAGACUCCCAAACAAACUCACAUAGUUGCAUAUUUUACACAUCCAGCGGAAAGAGAGCAACAGAAAUCACAGUUCUGUCCACCUGAUGAAUUUAAAUCCGGCAUUCACUCUCCUUUUAGCUCUGUUUAGGUCUCUACCAACUUCUGAGGGAAGUAUCUAUUUCUUUAGCUCCCAGAUGUUCCACUUUCUUCACCAGCUACUCGUGUAUUUCAGCUCUCUGCUGUUUGGUGCUAACAUACAUUCAGCUUUUUGAUUUGAUCUGUGGGGGUUGAGGAGAGCCAAACCAAUGUGCUAAAAGCGGUGUAGUGGUGCAGGUGUUUAUUCUCAUGUGGUUCAGCCCUGUUACAUUAAAUAGAGUCGUUUGAUUAAUUUUAUAAUAAACAAAUCUCGCUUAAUGGAGCUUUAAGAUCAUCACGCCCAUACAUAACAACAAGGUUUUAUUGUACAGUUUGUGUUUGCAGGAACAAAUCCUAAUUUUAAGCACGCUAAAAUUUACUGUAUGUGGAACAUGUUUUUUCCAAGUAUUUUCCAAAUGGCUUUUUAUGGUGUAAGAAGGUUCAGGAGAGAGAAAGCUAUUUAUUAAAAAAAAAAAAAAAAAAUAAGGAUUUCCUCACAACCACCAUGCAUCUGACUGCAAUAGCAAAGACACAGUUUUGUGUUUUCAGCAAAGAAAUGACUAUUCACACUCACUUCUGUGUGCCAAUGUAUAGUACAUGUAUAUAGCAUUGAGUACAUGAAUAUUUAUUGAAAGUUAAAGCUUUGUUUUUACAGUAUUUGCAGUGCCAGCUGGUCAAUAAGCUGCAGCACAUAAACCAUUGAGUCACAUUAAUCACCAUUUUUCUUUCCACAUUUUCAAAUUUUAAAUAGAUUUCUACUUCUAUUUUAAAACACAUGAUAGUGUAGGAAUUACAUUGUUUUUUGCAAACAAUUAGAUGUAAAUAUACAUGCUCAGUUUUGAGAUGUUUUACUCGUCAGAAAGCUGUCUUUUCACAGCUGUUUCAUAGUUGUUAACACAGCUGUUACAUCACAGCGAAGUGUACUGACCAGACAAAUGCUUUAUUUUAACCAAUAAAACAUUAAUAGUGUAGUACCAGAAAACCAGUAAUGUUGUUUUUUAUGCUGUUUGUAGAUGUCAGUAUUUUCUAACCAUUUUACAUUUUCCUCCCUUGUUCUUUUCACGCCCUUUACUUGCUGCCUAUACAACAUUGCUGCUAAUGUUAUACAGAGCUUGUAAUGAUAAAAUAGGGUAGUUGUAGAUGUUACAUUGACAAUCCCUGAGCCUCAGACAGAUAUUACUGCAUAGGAUUCUCCAUGUACUGUAUCAAUACCCCUGUGCUAUCCAUGCAUUGAAGUAUUACGAUUGUCAUGACUGUCAGUCACUCUCUGCUCUAUUUGCUUUUCAAUGUAUUUGUGUAGAUUGAAGUGUACACUACUGAUGCUGUUUGUUGUAAUGGGGAGCACAUAGCAAUAAAAGAUAUGAAUAACUA